UUCCUUAGAAGUAACAUGCAUCUCUGUUCACAGGUCGCCGUCCUAGCCUGCGUGGCUGUCGUCGCUCUGUGCGACAAGGCCCCGGUCCACGACCCCCUUCCCCCCGUCUACACCCCUAGACCUGCAUAUCACGCUCCUGCACCCUACCACUCCCCCGAACCCGUCUAUCACGCCCAUGCACACUACGAGCCCGAAUAUCCUGAUGUGCCCCCGAAGUACAACUACAACUACGGCGUCGCCGACGGCUACUCCGGCGCCAACUUCGGCCACUCGGAGUCCCGCGACGGCUACAAGACCGAGGGCAGCUACACCGUCGACCUCCCCGACGGCCGCAAGCAGAUCGUCACAUAUGUGGACAACGGCGACGGUCUGAUUGCUGAGGUCACCUACGAGGGCGAGGCUCAAUACCCCGAGUACACCCCCACCUACAAGCCCGCUCCCCCCGCCUACGCCCACCCUACUCCCACUUAUGCUUAAGAGAUUCAUAUACGAGAAUAUAUUAUCAAAAACAUAUAUUCAAGAAAUUAUAAUCAUUUUCAUUUACAUGAAAUAAAGACCAUAUUUUCGUAUAA